UGUGCAUUGUAAUCUCUAUAUGGUUGUCUUCUUUUUGUUUCCAGAUGGUGUUCCUGUUUUAGAUUUUACGUCUCGCUUCCUCCUUAAUCUGAGUGAGAAGUGAGGAGAUGUCUUCAGCCCAUAUAAACUGGGAUUCUACCGUAUACAAUAAUGUUAAGAAAACAUUUGAGAGUUGCCCCAUUGCUGAUACUUGUGCUGAGUGUCCUCGGAGGACAUACCCUCACAUGUCGUAGAUCCGAGUAUCUGAACGGGGAUCAGUGCUGUCCUAAGUGUUCUGCUGGAAGUCGAGUUGAACAACAUUGCACAGAGUUCAGAAAUACUUCCUGUCUGGAUUGCGAUGAGGGAACAUUCAUGAAUCGUCCCACAGGGUUUACAGCAUGUUUUCCCUGUAAACUCUGUGAUUCAGGUUCUGGUUUGAAGCUGAAGUCAUGUACGGCUACAGGUCUAGUUUGUGAACCUCUGGAGGGAUUCUACUGUACGUACGCUGUAGAGGGAAACUGUCUGGUAGCACAGAAACACAGACGCUGUCAACAAGGACAAUAUAUCCGCCAAAAAGGAACAGCUGUCAGGGACACUGAGUGCUCUGACUGCAGCGAUGGAACAUUUUCUGAUGGGACAUUAUUUCCAUCGUGUCAGCCACACACACAAUGUGAGACAUUGAAUCUUCAGCUGAUAAAACCAGGAAGUGCUUCAACGGAUGCUGAAUGUGGAGAACCAGGUUUAGGGUUCAGUUCAGGAGCUGUGAUUGGCCUCGUUGUGGGGCUUGUGAUGAUUGAGAUCUGUUUAUUCAUCAUGCUCGCUUUGUUUUUCUUGCUGUGCCUCAAGAAGAAGAAAGACACAGGAAGAAAAACGAUUAAAGACAAUCUCCAACAGUACCUCAGAAAGAAUAAACGUCCACCUAAAGAAGAAGAAGAGCUGCAGGGGGGGGGCUGUGGUAAAUAAACACAGAGACAGUCAACCUGACACUGCUGAGGAAAGGUCCAGGUUCAAUGAAAUCCAGUUGGAUGCUGGCACCUUGUACGUUGAACAGAAAUGAAUCAGUCCAAGGUGAAUUUUGGGCACUGUGCUCCAAAGUGACCCCCUGCUGGUCUGCAGUCUGCAUCACUAUCUUACAGAGAUGUUACUGGACAGAGACUAGUCGGUCUGGACUAACAGCUUGGAGUAAGUCACAGACUAAAUCCUGGACUAAGUAUGUGACGGCUCCAGGCUCUUCACUCAUAACAUCUGCUCCAUCUCUCUCACCUGUACAUUCUGCUGCUUGUACAGAGAGCUGCCGUUGUGUGGAACUCCUUAAAGGCCGACAUUCUCCCCUCCCUGUCAUUACAAGCCCCAGAUCACACAGACAUCAUGUGUCUGAAGGCAGGUAUUGUCAGAGAGAAAACACCUGGCCCCUGCAGCCUCUUGUCUCUACUGAAGCCACUCCAGACCAAGCUUCUGUCAGGACGGCUCUGCUCAACGCUCGCUCCCUUACCAACGAGACAUUUCUUCUUCUUCUUACUGAAACCUGGCAGAGGAAUACCGAGUAUUCGUCCAUCAGUGAAGUUUGUCCUGCAGACUGUAGCUUCAUCAGGACACCGAGGCUGUCAGGCCCUGAUGAUGGUCUGGCAGGGAUUUUAGAAAUAGCUUUAACUGGCGAUUGGUUAGCACAGAGACUGUUCACUCAAUUGUACUUAAUGUGACUCUGAAAAAAGAAAUCCCACAUUCUGCUCUUGCAGAAUCUCUG